AUGAGCUCGCCGUCUGAUGAUGGUCAGUAUACUGAUAGCGACAAGGAGGAAGUUGCCAGUAAAGAGGGGAAGAGUGAUAUAGAAGGGGAUUUGCCUGUAUAUGCGACUCCAGUCUCGCCUCGCAAUCAGCUGAACCAAAGGAAGAGUUAUGGGGAAAAUCGAGAGACUAUCGAAAAAAUGCAGGAAUCUGGUACUGGAAUGUCUUCGGGAUCUGCAUCCAAUGAUGAUGAGGACGAAGAAAUCCGCUUGCGCCGUAAAUUGUUGGAAAAGCAUAUCGCAGCUGAAGCUGUAAAAAGUAGGGAGUCAGCUGGUGUUUUGGCCGUGACAGUCAAAAAAGCUGAGCCUCGUAAACAUAUAGCGAGCAUCAGUGAAGACGAAGAAAUGUUUUCUAUACAGCCGAAAGAUGCAGUUCCUCGUCAGCGAAAUCUGUUAGCGAAAACACAUGAUGAUAAGACCAAAAGUAAAGAGAAAUAUCAGAGUGAGCGGGCAAGACGGGAUCGUUCAAGAGAAGAGAAGCAUCGUAGACAUCGUGAAAAAGAAAGGGAAAGACGUGAGGGUGGUCAGGGAGACAGUUUACUUCGCCGAUUUGAAACGCGUGAUGAUCGAAAUCGUCAUGGCGUAUCUAGAGUUCCAGUGAAAGAAACUGCCCGGGGAGACGCUCGCGGCGUAAUUUCUUCUCGGGCUCACGAAGAAAGAACAAAAAUUCGGAACGGUAGAGGAGAUCCGCAUGAAUUUAAGUCUGCCCAUAUAAAGGCUUCGAGGAAGGAACGAAGUCGUUCGCCAAGGAAGAGGGAUGCUCUGUCAACCACGAGAAGAAGUUCUAGUCGAGAGCAACCUGCAGCCAAAAAGUUACAUUUCGAAAAGCAUGAAAUUGUGAUCAAACAAGAAAGCCCGAGAUCCAAGGUUAAUAUCAUAAAGGGGGGAAAGAGCGAUGAAGAAACCCCCAUGGAAAUUGAUAUCAAGGAAGAACUUAAAAUAGAAGCUACGGGAGUAUUGCUAAAGCAAGAAAUUGAAGUUGUUGAGGAUGAACCGAGCACAUCGACUCGAGAUGAAGAGAGCACAUUUCCACUUAAAUAUUCGAAAUUUGACAGCAGUCCUGAUGGGGAGGACAAGGAUGAAGAUGAAGAUGAAAGCUCUGACAAGGAAGGGACGCCAAAGAGUGAAUUUUCAGCUGGCAGCGAAAGCGAUGAAGGUCUGAAUAUGACGAAUUCUGAUGUUGAAGAAGAACUUGACAUUAUGAAUUUGGAUGAGGACGCGCUUGCAAAAAUGUCUCCAGAAACGAGGGCUGUGUAUGUCUAUUACCUAUUUAGCACUGAUCUAUUAUCAGUUUCCUCAUUCAUUGCGUUUCAGUUUAUGCUUCGUCAGUUCAGUUUUAUUUUAUUGUGUUUGAACUUUUACGCUUAUUUUUAUUUGUAUUUUUUAGCUUAAUU